UAUAUCGGAUUCAAUAUAAGACGUCCUAUGAUCCAUUAGAGAUAACUAUUUGACUGAAAUUAUAAUUAACACGUAUUGACAUUAAUUUAUAAUAGCGAUUUACAAAUAAUUUUAAGACUUUACCUGCCUCUGUAUUCAGAGAUAUUAUUACUUCUCAAGCAGAUAAGUUUGGGUUACGAAUUCCACAGUCAACGUCGAUAAGAGAUCGAGUGUACCUUAUAAAUUGCAACACGAUGCAAUGCAAGAUAAGCACGGAGCUUCAUUGAAAUAACAAUAAGUACAGACUAAAUGCACCUUACAGUAAAUUCGUUAUCGCUUGGUCAAAGUAAUUGCAAAUUCGGUAUUUCGGCAAAAAAAAGAGAUAAGUCACGUUACGCGAAGAGUCGCACGUAAGCCACGGGUAGAGCAAAGCAACGUAUCUCGUGCCGGUUUUAUAUAACAAAUACCAGAAAUUGGCGUCCAUCGCGUCGCACGUGUGAAAUCGCUGACUGCGCCGAAACUCCGUUUUGCGUUUAUACAUGUAGUCCGUGUCCGUCGCGACAGGCAGCCACUGCGAUCACUGCGGUCGCAUCUAGUCGAGGGAGUCGAGGGAGUCGACAGUGUCAGUUGACAGGAGGUGAAGCGAGUGACAGUGAGGUUGUCAAGAGUGACAGCGCCGAUAGUCAGCACAGUAGUGUCCUUUUGUAGAAAUUAAAAAUCCGACACGUCGUAAACAAAGCGCAUCGACGAUGACGUUGAUGGGUGCAUUCUCAGCAACGCGAAUAGCCCUGUCCUACGGUCCCGAAGUAGGUUUCCUGGUCUUCCUACGAUUCCUGAUAGUGCUGCUGCGGGAAGACAUUAUCGACAGGGAGAACAGGGUGGAAAUUGUGCCGAUCAGGGAAAUGCUCAGUCGCUACGACUUCAUCGUGAUCGGCGGUGGAUCGGCUGGCUCGGUGGUAGCCAACAGAUUGUCCGAGAGAGAGGAUUGGUCGGUGCUGCUCCUGGAGGCCGGCGGGGACGAGACUGUCCUGUCGGACGUCCCCCUGGUCUUUCCGACUCUCCAGCUGACCUCAAUGGACUGGCAGUUCAAGACCGAACCGUCCACGAGCUACUGUCAAGGGAUGAACGAGCACCGCUGCAACUGGCCCCGAGGCAAGGUCCUAGGUGGCAGCAGCGUCCUCAACGCGAUGCUCUACGUCCGUGGCAACAGGCUGGACUACGACAACUGGGCCAAAUUGGGGAAUCCCGGUUGGGACUACGAGAGCGUUCUGCCUUACUUCAAGAAAUCGGAGAACAUGACCAUCCCCGAGUUGCGUCACUCCCCUUAUCACGGUACCAACGGCCACCUGACAGUCGAAAGGUUCAGGCAUCACACGCCGAUUGCCAAUUCCUUUGUCAAGGCUGGACGUGACAUGGGCUACGAGAUGACAGACGUAAAUGGACCACGUCAAACGGGAUUCACCUACUCUCAUGGGACCCUAAGGGAUGGUCUGCGCUGCAGCGCAGCCAAGGCCUUCCUCAGGCCAGCGUCCAAGAGGAAGAACCUCCACGUGAGCACGCACACGAUCGUCGAACGGAUCCUGAUCGACGAGGACAGUAAGGUCGCCUACGGCGUUAAAUUCCGUCGAGGACUCAGGAGACACACGGUAUACGCCAAGAACGAGAUUGUAUUAUCGGCCGGAGCCAUACAGUCGCCUCAGCUCCUCAUGCUGUCCGGAGUCGGUCCCAGAGAUCAUCUGGCCGAAGUGGAGGUUCCUCUGGUUCAUCAUAGUCCCGGAGUCGGGAUGAACCUUCAGGACCACGUCGCCAUGGGUGGGAUCACUUAUCUGAUUGAUCCACCAGCCGAAUGUCCCGAGCCAACUGGCUUUGCUUUCGUUUUGCCAAGAUUCCUUACACUGGCGACCAUCAAGCAGUUCCUUGGCAAUAAGACCGGACCGCUUUACACUGUGCCUGAGUGCGAGGCUAUGGGUUUUGUCAACACGAAGUACGCCGACGCCACGCUGGACUAUCCCGACGUUCAACUGUUUCUGGCCUCGUCGGCCGAUAACACCGACGGCGGCCUCUUCGGCAAGAGGGAUUGCGGCCUGAAGGACGAGUUCUUCGCGAGCGUUUUCGAAGAAAUAUUGUACAAGGACACUUAUUCCGUGAUGCCGUUACUGAUGCGACCUCGCAGCCGAGGCUACAUAAAGCUCAAGAAUUCCGAUCCAAAGCAGCAUCCCGUUAUCGUGCCCAAUUACUUCGACGAUCCUCGCGAUCUCGAUGUUCUGAUCGAAGGGGCCAAAUUCAUUCAAAACAUGAGUCAGACCCCGACGAUGAAGACGCUGAAUGCUCGACCCAACUCCAACGUCAUCCCCGAAUGUUCAAUGUUCCGCUUCCUGUCCGACGAUUAUUGGCGCUGCUAUGCGCGAUAUUACACAAUGACAAUAUAUCAUCCGACGAGCACCUGCAAAAUGGGCCCCCGCUCGGAUCCAAUGGCGGUCGUUGACCCCCGGCUCAGAGUUCACGGGAUAUCGGGACUGCGCGUGAUAGACGCAUCGAUCAUGCCCUGCAUAGUCACGGGGAACACGAACGCACCGACGAUCAUGAUUGCGGAGAAGGGUGCAGAUAUGAUCAAGGAGGAUUGGAAAGUUUUGAGCAAGGACAACAACAACAACGUGCCCUCUCGUUACUUUUUGGAGGAUCCAAAACUCUCCAAAGCUCAAAGAUCGAAAGCGGCUCGUGUUCGCCAAGUGCAAACUGUACAGUUUAGCGAUAACAUGCUGGACGGAGCGUCGUGUAAGGAUAAGGACCUCCAGGGAAAGAUUAGGGAGUCCUGCGAGCAGGACGACGUUCGCGAACAGUGGCAGAAGGAGGUCGACAUAGUGCACCAGCAACUGGAGGAGCUCAAGAGGACAGGACCGUCGAAUAAGAACGACGAUCACGUGCAAUCUUGGCUCAAGAUCAAAAUAAUCUCCGAUAAGGCAGCUGUGUCGAAAUCGCACUCGAAGAUCCAUGAGAAUUGGGAAAACUUGACGACAGUGCUGCCGUUUCUUCAAAGUGCAUGAAAUUGGUAUCAACGGAAGCAAAGCUGUUGGCUCCGACAAUUACGAACCAGCGAGACCGAGGCAGAAUGUCUGAUCGACGAGCGACACUAAAGUUGUGGCACAAUUCACAAUUGUUUAUUUUUUUACUCUGAAAAAUGCCUCUGCCACCUUUACGACUCGACGACACUGACAGUUGUUUUGACUGAGACUUCGAUAUCGUGAUACUUCAAUGACGCAACUUUCGCCCAUU